AUGUCGACCGAUCCCCGACUGGCGCGCCUUCAGGGCCGUACAAACACUCCCAAACCACUGACACCUCCAGCUCCUGCAGCUGCCCCAACUACGGCAACCCCAGCAGCAGUACCUCCCUCACAACCGACUUCUCCCGAGCUUGACGGAAAUGUUGAUACUCCAGCAACCGCAUCGGCGCCUGCAGAACUGCCCGACACUUCUUUCAAGCUCAAAUUCUGCACCGUAUGCGCCUCGAAUAACAACAGAAGCAUGGAAGCGCAUCUGCGACUCUCGACCUCAGAUCAUAAAUACCCCGUCAUAUCUUUCGGCACCGGGUCGUACGUGCGACUGCCUGGGCCUUCAAUAUCUCAACCUCAAGUCUACAAUUUCAACACAACCUCUUACACAAAAAUGUACGAGGAACUAAAUGCCCAGGAUGCGAGGCUAUACCGUAACAACGGCAUCUUGAACAUGCUGGACAGAAACAGAAACAUCAAAUGGGGACCAGAAAGAUUCCAUGACUGGGUCGUCGGUGCCGCCAGAAUGGAGGCUCUGAAUCGGGGCGACAAGGGCGCAGCUGGAACUGAAGGAGGUGUGGUCGACGUCAUUUUCACCUGCGAAGAGCGAUGCUGGGAUGCGGUGGUGGACAAUCUGCUAGACAGAGGAGCGCCUCUCAAUCGGCCAGUACAUGUGUUCAACAUUGACAUUAAGGAUAAUCAUGAAGAAGCACUUGUGGGUGGCGGAGCAAUCCUUGAGUUGGCAGAUGCUCUCAAUGAGGCUGCGGUGCAAGAGAGGCAGGUCAAUGGUUCAACCGGCUGGCAAAAUGGGAGUGGCGCUGCACGGCAGAGUUUUGAUGAGAGAGUGCCGGAUAUCCUGGCCAGCUGGCAGGAAAGGUGGCCCAACCUGCCUGCAUUAUGGACUCUCUCUUGGUUCUGA